AGCACACAGGAAACACAUCGCCCAAGUCGAUGUCCUCUCUCAAAUGUGAGUUUGGUGAUGAGGCCGGUGAGAUCUCCAUCGCAGUGCCUCAGCCAUCUGUGUAUGUUAAUGGAAGCCAUGCUUACAACGUCAAGCCCCGGGACCCAGGCUCAGGAAAACCGGCAGAUUCUUUAGGCCUGGGACUUUUGCAGAAGUCUUUGCCUCUCUCCAUGUCUCUACAGAACCUCAGCCCACAGGCUUCCACAGAUCUCCCCAAAGGCCUUGCCGGAGAUGGGCGCCGCUGGUCUUUCGACAAGCCUGGCGAGGAGGAGAAGGCAGCCAUAGUGGCGGCCCUGGAGCAGAGCGGCCCCAUGUUGGCUGAAGAAGAAGAAGAGCGGUUGCGACAGGAGGCUCCGCCCAAAGCCGCUGCCACCUCCUCCUCCACGGCGGAGUCGGAACACCAGGGGAAGAAGCAGAGGAGGAACUUUUUCUACCAUGGGAGGAGUGAGUCUGCGGGGAAAGGGCAGAGUCAGUCCAAGGAUGAGUCUGAACAGGCCCCCGCUGCCACUGAGGAGAAACACAAGGGAUGGUUUGGAUCAAAGGACUCGCACAGCAAACCCAGCCUGGUGGUGUCACCUAAACUAGAGCCCAGCACUGACCCCCACCCACCACCCCUCCCACCUAGUAACCACCCCUCGGGUCCCCCUGUCGAUCCCGCCUCUCUGGUUUCUCCGCUGCAUCACACUAACCCUUUCUGCCACUCACAGAGCACACCACCUCCCAUGUCCCCCUGCAACCCUUUCUUCUCUCUCCUCCAGCACAACCCUUUCUAUGAAGACAUGCUAAAACCUUCGCUGCCUCCUCUGCCCUAUCUUUCCAGUUCCCGGCCCCCCAUAGCUCACCUCUUUCCGCAGGCGAGUAACCUUAACCCCUCUCUGACUCACAACAACCCGACCACAGAGGACUCAGUUGCUUGUACAGAUACAAAGAGCAAAGCGAUGGCCAAAGUUGAGAAAAGACCACUUCCUCCGACUCCCAUGGAAGGGGAAACAACUUUAAGCAAGAGGCCGUCCAACCCUUUUAUGUCUGCCGGGGAGCUGAAACUGGAUUUAGAGUGGGACGAAUCCUUUGAAGAGUUUGCAGCUGGCAGGCUGCAGUCUCCCGAGGACCUGACCACAGAUUGCAAAACACAGCAAAACACACCCAGUCACCAUUCACUGGAACACUGCAAUAAUAAAGGAGCAUUACUCCCCAUAACAGACGCUGACAAAAAUGUGAAUGAUGCACUACAUCAUCAACCUUGCACAGAAUUUGGAUUCGAAGCACAUAAAGCCACCAGCCAAGUGACCAACGCUAACACAUAUUACGUUGACACAUUUGCACAAUUUCUUGAGACAAUCCCCGAACACGCAAGCUUUGAGAGUGACGACAUAACUUUAAAUACUCCCACUAACUCACCAGAACUGACUGCGUGCAUUGAAACUAAUCAAGCUAACAGUACCACUAACACAAAUGAGUUAACCGACACUAACGCGGCCCCCAGUCACACCUCGGCUGUAAAGCUCAACAGCAGCUCCCCAGAUCCUGGUUCUUCAGGUCUCGGCAGUUCAGCAGAAGAGGAUUUCCUGUCUUGUCUCUCUUCUUAUUCUGACAAAUUGUCUGCAUCCUCUUCAGAGGAAGCUGAGGCGCAGAACUUUGAAAGCAACAUCCUCAGCUUUGAGAAAUCCUCUGCGUCGCCCGUGGUGAAAAAGUCCUCAGAAUCCGAAGAUGACAUUACUGACAGGUCAAAUGAUCUGUCUUUAGUUGAUGUAGAUCAGCACACUAUUCUUCAGCAGGAUGGUGAUGAAACAGUAGAUUUAAUUGGUUUGGAGGGGUCAUUGGCACCACAGUCCCCAGUGUUUACACCUCAGGAGCCUGUUAUCACUGCAGAAGAGACUCAAAUAUCAAAACUCUCAGAACUACAGACAAAAUCCAACAUUUCUUUACAGUCUGACAAUGAAAAUGGAGAGAAAGACACAGGGGAAUUCAAUGGCUCUUUAGAGGAUUUUUCAAAAGUGUUAAAUGAUUCCUCUGUAUCUGUAAGUAACACUACAGAUGUGAUGACCUCUAUGACUCCAGAUGAUGAACUCUGCCCCACACACCCAUCCGUACACAUCAUAACCUCCUCCCCUGAUGUGAGGCAGAGUUCGUCAGACUCGCCCAUUGAGGGCGCGAGUUUAGGAGGGCCGGGUGCGAGCCAGCGUUCUCCGAUACCAUUCAGGCUUUUUGGCGAUUUCCUAAACACCAGCCACAUUGCGAGCACUCCCAGCCAAGACUUUGACGACACACUGUUAUGCACUCAGGUGUCCGAUCAAAGCACCAGCAGCUUCCUCCAAAGCCUUUAUGUCAGCGCCGACUCGCAGGACUACCAAACCUGCAACUCUCACCAGUUCUCCAAAAGCUCCAGCGGCUCGGAGCCAAACGAGACGCUGCACUCUGCGAACUCGACGCUCUGCUGUGAGCUGAGUGCGAUUCAGACCACUGCUGACGCUGCUUUGGGUCAAGGAGAUCCCACCAAUGCAUGCAAGCCGUCCAAUGAAGAGGUCAACCAAAGUGACCCAUUCGAAGGAUCAUUCUGUGGAGCCGAGGACAAGACACCAACUAUUGAGCCAAGUUUCACGAUAGAGGAUAACUGCGGUUUAGAAGUACUCCCUGCGGCAUCAACAGGCUCUCACACGAGCUGUAAUCCAAGGAAGCUCAGCGAAGGAGGUGUGGACAGUCAGCAUGUUGUCUUAGGUGACGUGUUCCCGAAAUGCCCUCAGGCACAAAGCGCUACGCUACACCGCUCCCAGUCUGAGGGCACACUGACACCGGCCUUUGAUGAGCUCCUCCUGCCCUCCUUUGGGAGUGAUCCCGGUGCCAUACAGGAGUCCUCUUUAGCUCAGCCAGGCCCUGACCUCCCCUCUAUGACUUCCUUUGCUCCUUCUCUAACUCCUGACAGUAGUAGCUCCCCUGUAGCGCUCUGUUCCCUCCCUCCCCUUGCCAAUGCUACGGCGAGGUCACCACCCAGCACGGCACGAGCUGCGGCGCCAAAGCCAGUGCCUCAGGAGCCCCAGCAGCAGCAGGCAGCCAAUCAGCAGAACAGUCCCCACCCAGUGAAGCCCCUGACCACUGCCAUGCUGGCUGAGGAGAAGCGGACUGAGGGCCGGUCAGUGCUGGCCACCGGCCUGGAGAAGCUCAAGUCCACCAUCCACCCGGGAAGGAGCAGCCAGCUCAGCGAGCAGGAGGCCGACAGGAAAAAGUCUCUGACAGAAGGAGCGGGCUCGUACUACCACCUGAACCACAGUGAACUGGUCGCCUUGCUGGUGCAGCGGGAGGCGGAGCUGGAGAGGCAGAAGGUGGAGUUUGAGCGUCAGAAAUCUCUGCUGGCUAAGCGGGAGGUGGAGCUGAAGAAGUUGAAGCCGCAGGUCAGAGAUCUGGAGGACUACAUUGACACGCUGCUGGUGCGCAUCAUGGAGCAGAAGCCGACUCUCCUGCAAGUGCGUUCCAAGUUAAAGUGACGAAGGGAGGGGGAAGGGUUUGCAGUUCAGUCCGCAUCUGUUCACUCUAACCUCCACAACAGCUCUUUAGUCUUUUCACUGCUAUGCUGUCCUUUUUGAUACAAAUAUCUAGGCACUGAGCGAUGUCGAGGCGAUGUUUUCCAGACGGCAUGCUUUACUGUGCUGAAACGCGUCCUAUGUCGAAAGGGUUUGGUCUGGGGGGCGGUUGAAUGUAGCGGGUCCUCAGGUUGUUUUCAGGUUCACACAGCCGGUUGGUUUUAAGUUCACAGAGGAGUGAGCCCCAGUGGGUUCAAAACCCAGAUGCUUCCAUUUUGGGAUCCUGAUUGUAGAAACAUUGAUUCCUCCUUUUCACCUCACUUGUCACUUCUAUCACCUUAUCACAAACGAGUAGAGUUUCAGUCCAGAACACUGUAUAUCCAGUUAACUUUUCGCACUGUAUGCUUCUCCAGAGGAGUUGCAGUUCUGUAGGGAGAGAAGAGUUAAGUCGAAGGGCCACUCUGGCUGCAUGUUUUGGCCCAUUAACUACAAACUGCAUAUACUUUAAAUCAAUGCUGGCCGUUUCUGUAGCGUACCAUCAGGUUUAGAUUGAUUUUAUACCUUCAAGGCAGCCUUUGGUUUCAGUUCAUUUCAGUGCAGCAUGAAAAUCAACUCGCAGAAACUUGAAACCUGCUCGAGACAAUAAUCUAUCACAGUGAACAUUAUUAUUCUUUAGUUCAUAGUUGCAGUUGAGAGCAAGGACCUUUUUCAAAAUGGUGCAAAAAUGUUCUGAUAUCUGAGACAUAAGAUUCAGUAGACGGAAAGAAUUGCACUCAUUUGCUCUAAUGGUAAUCUUUAUUUCAGUUAAUCUGCUAAUUAUUGAAUAAUUGAUUCUUAGUUUGGUCUAUAAAGUAUCAGACAGUUGUGAUAUGAGCAAACAGCGCCCGACCAGCCUGUAACUCCCCAUAAAACCACAACUUAGUGCUUUAGACAUGUUGGUCUGUGUAUUUUGGAUAGAGCCAGGCUAACUGUUUCCCCCUGUUUCCAGUCGUAAUGCUAAGCUAAGCUAAUCGCCUCCAUAUUUAACAUACAGAUGAGAACGGUAUCGAUCAAACUCUUGAGUGUAUUUCCCUAAAUAUUGAGCUGUUUUUUUAACUGAAAUGAACAGAAAGCAGUGGCUGCUUUCUUUUAAGGAAUAAAAUAAAUCAAUAAUCUUUAAGUAUACUUUGGAAAAUAGUCUACAUUAUUGAAAAGUAUACACGAUAUUUGGUUAAUGAGUUAAUUAAUUCAUGCUACACCACCUUCUGUAAUGACCUAUACCUCUGUGUUUAGCAUCACUUUUCCCAGCUGUUGUAUAUAUGUUGUUUUGGAUUGACACUCUACGAAUGUUCCCCGAUGAAUACCGAGCGCUCCAACUCGUUUUUGAAAUAACAAACCAAAUGAGCGUUGUGAGAGUUGUCACGUGCACAUCACCGGGAACUGAUCGUAGCUCACGAAUGUUCAAAAGUGUUCUUAGCCAGCAAGCGAAUAGUUUUAUGUUCUCCGCACGAUAAAGUGCUGUUUAUCUUUUGCUUGUUCCUUUCUCUUUGUUUUCCUCCUUUUUUCCCCCUUCUUUCUGUUCAAUGGGCAUGUCUUGAAAUUACCCACGAUGCUCAGCCUAAUAAGCUAACUGAUUCUUGUAUGGGUCACGGUGUUAUCAGGUGAAGACAGUAUCACUCAGUAUCCAGUCAGUAUCAAGAUCAGCCAUCACAGCUUCUCUGAUCUCAUGCUUCUGCCUUCUCACGUGUGCGUUAUCGGCACGACUCCACUGUUGUGAAAAUGCCUGCGACAUGCUGGUACUUGACUUCCCUUCCCUCAGUGUCUGUGUGUCACAUCCGCUUCUGCUCAAGCACACAUAUCGCUACCGCUUUCAGGUGUUACAAAGGGAUAUAUACCGCAUUUUACAGCAUAUAUGCCGUAUUGAAAUGCCAAAUGCUGCCUUAUUUUUGUUUUUGUUUUUGACGUUACAUUAAGAAUCUAGCACUUCAUUUUACUUGCCGGCGCUCUGGGCAAGGCUUUGGAAAAAAGAAAAAGCCAUCUGUUCACCUUUUUUUUUUUUUCUUUUCAUGCUUUCUUAUGAUAUUGUUUAGAUCACUGCACAACAAUAAAUUGUAUGCAUACAAAUAGUAAUGAGUAGUAACAGUGAUUUCCUGUGAAAUGCCAAAAAACUAUAAAACAAUAAAAAAAACAAGCCUUGAAACUUAAUCUAUGGAGCAGAUUGAUACACCAUAAAGUAUUCUGAUAUGAUGCCACUUUUAACAGCAUUUGUGGAUGUUCUUGCACUACUUAAUCGUCAGAACAUAACUCUACUGUACCUGUCUGUUGAUAUCGGUAUAGUUAGAUCUACUUUACACACCGUACUGCACUUUCUAAUCGCUCUGUGAUUUAAGCACUUGGCCUACUUUGACACCACGUUGAAGGUUUUCCCAGUGAGCUUGACGCAUACAAAAAAAACAUCCAAAACUGUCUUAUCAUCUCAGUUCUGCCGUGCAAUCUCAAUAUCAAGUGCAUAGAUGACCGUAGAGACAUUUUAAAUGUGACUCGACACUUACAAAGCGCAAGAAUAAAAACGUCCUCCUCCAUGUCUUCCAUUUACAAAAGUUUUUAUUUAAGUUUGAACUGAUUGUAUUUUUGUCCUUAAUUGUGUAGCCGGUGGAAUGUGCUUAAGGUAGUAUGUAAAGAUUGGAAAGUUUACAAGUCGUGAUGCAAUUCUGUUUCACAAAUUUUGUAUAUUUAAUAAAGAAUAUUUUAUGUUUCUUGCUCACCGUA